CACGCUGUAUAUAGAGACCACAACCACCCAUCUUCUUCUGCAACCAAAACUCUAAAGCUUGAUACUUGCAUCAACAAUGGCGCACAUCUCUGCUUUCCUUCUCUUCAACAUUAUGUUCAUCUUUCCAUUUCUUGCAAACUCCCUCUCUUCCUGCAACGGCCCAUGUAGAACUCUCAACGACUGCUUCGGCCAGCUCAUCUGCAUCAACGGCAAAUGCAACGACGAUCCGGACGUCGGAACUCACAUCUGCAGCAGCGGCGGCGGCGGCGGCGGCGGUGAGUGUAAGCCGAACGGCAACAUGUUUUGCCAAGGGAGUUCACACCCGACGUUCCAAUGCUCGCCGCCGGUGAAAAUGGCGAACGAAGCCUUGCUGACGAACAACAACUUUGAGCCCGGCGGUGAUGGCGGAGACCCGUCGGAGUGCGAUGGACAGUUUCACAAGAACUCGGAGCUGAUCGUGGCGUUAUCGACGGGGUGGUAUAACGGCGGGUCUCGGUGCGGGAAGGGGAUUCGGAUCCGGGCGAGGAAUGGGAAGAGCGUGGUGGCGAAGGUGGUGGACGAGUGUGACUCCAUGAAUGGGUGCGACAAGGAGCAUGCAGGGCUGCCGCCGUGCGGGAACAACAUCGUUGAUGGGUCUAAUGCUGUGUGGAAUACUUUGGGCCUUAAUGUGGACGAUGGUAUUGUGCCCGUAACUUGGUCCAUGGCUUAGGGUUUUGGGCUUUUGUCGGCCUUGGAAUAAUGGGCUUGGUAGGAAACGAUGUCGUUUUGUUCACACCUGUGUCCUAGUUUCAAGUCUCUUAAUUAUGUAAUGAAUAUUCCCUGCAAAUAAAAAGGAACAACAAUAUACGUAAUUAAUAAAAUCGCUUUGGUCC